AUGGUUCAUGCUGAUGAUGAAAAUGAAUACGCUGCGAAUGAUGCACAACAAUUCUUACAAAAACGUCUUUUUGGUAUUCCAUUUCCACGUGAACAACGUCGAGAAGCUAAAGAAAAAUAUGAAGAACGAUGUGAACGAGCUAUGGGUAUAAAUAAAGUCACUGGACUACAACGAUGGUGUCCAAAACUUGAAGAAUGGGAUCAAUGGCGUGCAGUUACAAGUGGUGAUAAACGACGUAAAGGAUGA